GAGCUCUACUGGGGCAGUCUGUGAGUAAACACGCACCUUUAACGACACCGUCUACCCUGUGAUCAGCUCCAAACCUAACGGAUCGGGAUGGAAAACGACCGCGAAGACUUUGCCAUGAAAGAAGCCAAGAGACGAGAGCGAGCUGCAGGUCAAAAGCAUGGCCUUCAUGACAUUGAAGCUCUGGAGAACCCGGACUCAGACAUUGGGCUGUGUGGCUGGAUACUGGUUUUGUUCUCCAUGCUGCUCACACUGGUCACUCUGCCCAUCUCCAUCUGGAUGUGCAUCAAGAUUGUGAAGGAGUACGAGAGAGCCAUCAUCUUUCGCCUGGGACGCAUCCUGAGGGGCGGAGCCAAAGGGCCAGGCCUUUUCUUCAUCCUGCCCUGCACCGACAGCUUCAUCAACGUGGACAUGCGCACCAUCACCUUCGACAUCCCACCACAAGAGGUCCUGACUAAAGACUCUGUGACAGUGAGUGUGGAUGGAGUGGUGUAUUACCGUGUACAGAAUGCUACUCUGGCUGUAGCUAACAUCACCAAUGCAGACGCCGCUACCCGCCUGCUGGCCCAGACCACCCUGAGGAACGUCCUGGGCACCAAGAACCUGGCCGAGAUCCUGUCAGACCGUGAGGAGAUCGCUCACAGCAUGCAGUCCACUCUGGAUGAUGCCACAGAUGACUGGGGCAUAAAGGUGGAGCGGGUGGAGAUCAAGGAUGUGAAGCUGCCUCUCCAGCUGCAGAGGGCGAUGGCUGCAGAAGCGGAGGCCAGCAGGGAGGCCCGCGCCAAGGUGAUAGCUGCAGAGGGUGAAAUGAACGCGUCCCGGGCUUUAAAGGAGGCGUCCCUGGUGAUCGCCGAGUCUCCCUCCGCCCUGCAGCUCCGAUACCUCCAGACCCUCAACACCAUCGCAGCCGAGAAGAACUCCACCAUCAUCUUCCCCCUGCCCCUGGAGAUGAUGCAGGCCUUCAUCAAGCAGUGAGCCACCACCGGACCCCAGGCAGCCAUUCUCACCUCCAGACAGACCCAGGCAACCAGCCCCACCUCCAAAUCCACCAAAUCCAUCAAGCAGUGAGCCACCACCGGACGCCAGGCAGCCAGUCCCGCCUCCGAACUAACCAACCCCAUCUAACGUGUAAGAGACGUUUUAUGCACCAAUCUAGCCCGAGUAUUUAGCCAAACUAGCGAGAAGAUAGAACUCCAUGGAGAGAGAAUGUAGAGAAGGGCAAAAUCUAAAGGAUACAAGUGACAUUACAAUUACAAAUUUGUUUCUAUCCAUGAGUUUCAGAGUGAUAAAAGGACCAUUGUUGCCUAAUAUUACAGUACAUUUAAAUAAUUCUGAAUAUUUUUAUAAUAUUUGCUACAUUUCAGUCAUCAAAAUCCAUUAUUUGAUAUAUAUUUUUUCCAAAUGUCACUUGUGCCCUUUAGACGUUCAUUCCUGGCCUAUAUUCCGUUUACAUAAAUAUGUCAUUAGCCAAUCAGAGCUCGCCCUGCCAUCUUGUUUGUACGUGACAAACAGGUGCUACAGCCGUAGAGAAGGAGAGAGGUUCAUAUUUCAUAUUCUCAAACAGGGAAGUGCCUCCAACUACGUGGCCUUAUAUAAGUCAACAUGGACCACUGUAUUAACGCUUAAAACUGCUCAGAGGAGGUCAGGGGGCGAUAGUGAGUAAAUCAGAUAACCAGAUAAUAAUAAUAAUAAUAAUAAUGCGGGGCUGGACGAUACGGUAAAAAAAAAUCUGUUUACGACGCAGUUUAAUUUAAAAAUAAAAAUGGUUUUCACUGAUGAUUUCCUGAACAUAAAUAUACAAGGUUACAGACUUUUAAUGAUUUAAUUUUAAUAAUUUAACAUAAAAAUAGGCCAGUUUCUUCCUCCAACUUUUAACUCUUCAAACCACAUGAUUUAUUUAUUUUUUUAUUUUUAUAAUUAAUAUCUCAAUUAAUAUUAAAUUGUCAAAAUCUACACAGGUGUGAACAACUAGAAAGAGAUCAGAUUACUCACAUUCGAUGAAACGGUUUACGUGACUCAAUAAUCUGAUAACUCCAAAAAUCAGAUUAUGAUCACAUUUUUGGUGUGCCUGUAAAUAUAACUACGAAUGGAAAACAAAUAAAGUUGCACUAGCUAGUACGGUGAUCAAAAGUAUCGAAAAUAUGAGUCCAACUGAUACUAAAACUAGAAUUGACAUUUGAUACUCAUUUGAACUUGAAUUGAAGUAUCAGUACUGAAAAAUCCACAUAAACAGGGCAAAGUUUUACCUCUCCAGAACUAUAAGACAACAAGGCAAAGCAAAGAAAUGCUUGUGUUGAAAAUUACAUUCUAUGGUCCUAAAAGUUUAAAAUGUGAGUAUCGUGCCAACAGUCCUAGCUAAUAACCAAAAGUCACCACUAAUGUUUUUUUAAUCAGUUAUUAGUAAACACUGACUUUAAAAUGGUAUUUAUUCAUGUAAUGAGUUUAACAAUUGGUUAAAAAAAAAAAAGAAAAAAAAAAAGAGGUUUUAACUGCAGCUUUGUGAUUCUUUUUGUAGCUCAAAGAAACAAUCUCAGUCUGACUUUACUGAGGUGUAGCCAAGCCUCAAGUGUGAUUAUUUAUUCAUUUUGAUGUGGGAUUACAUCAUAAGAUUUAUUAGAAAGCAUUGCUCGCCAUAUUUCUAAAAAAGAAAUGACUAAAAAUAUCAGUACGUUUUAACAGGCCAAGUCAAACCCAUUAUUCUGGUGUGAUGUAAUGAUAUAAUUGGUUUGCUGUUACUAAUAAUAUCCUUCAUACUUUCUAAUGUCAACAACCACUAGAAACAUAAGUUUUAAAAUUCAGAUUUUUUUAUGUUUUAUGCAAAAAAAGAAGUGUUUUUUAAUCUAGUGCACUAUAUUAUAUGGCCAGUCUGAGAUGGAGAUGCGACAGGCUGUGGAAGCAAGUUAAAAAGGGGCAAAAUAUAUCACGGAAUUAAAGCUUUAUCAAUUUUUAAACUGCUGAUUUUGAAUUUCAGAAAAUAUUUCAAAACUUGAAAAAAAAAAAUCUACAUUUAUUUAAAAAAGGAAGUAGUUUUUUUCAGCCUGAAGCCUUAAUAUACUAACACCACUUUACACCUCUGAUCUCUAUGCAGUCACUUUUCAUUUAACUCAAACCAAAUGUCUGUGUAUAUACUACAUGUGCAAGUGCUGGCCAUUUAAACCUCUUCACUUUGGGAAUGUGGAAAAAUUAUAACUAAAUUUGAUGAAAUGUUAAAAUGUUUUUUGACUUUGAAGAAUAGCUUAUUUAAAAAAAAAAAAAUCUAAAAUUGCAACAGUGUCCUAUCCCAGGAUGAAUUGGUCCUACAUGGCCCCUGACUGUUGUAUUUAGAGCGUGUACUGUUACUGCUUAUUGUAUAUCAGAACUAUAAGGAUUACUACAAUAUAUACAUAAAUAUCUUGUAAUGCAGUUUGACAUCUAAGCAAAGAAUUCUGUUAUAUUUUUCACUAUUUCAAAUUUUACCUUUACUGUUAUGAACAUGUCUUUGUUACAUUUAUCUUUGUCAAAAUGAAAAGUUGAUUUCAAGUUUUAGGUCAAUGUUAUUUUCGGAGUGACCAUCACAUUGAGCUUGUUUUUGAUGAAAUGCUGAAAAUAGUUGAAAGUUGAUGGUAAAUGGUUUGAAGUUACAAGUUUAAACGGCUGUUACUUCUUUUUUUUUUUGGCGUUACAUCUUUGUAACUGAUUUUUUUUAGCAGCUUUUCGUUAAU